GCAGAGUAUCUAUUCCAAUUAGCCCUAAUGGUGAUUAAAACCAAUAAUCAUCCACAUAAAUAUUUACACUAUCACCCUUUUGUUGUUAUGUUUUCCAAGUUGCAAGCGUUGGUGUGCAAUCACCCUUCCUUUCCCUGAUUAAACAUUCUCUGAAGAAGUAAACCACAGAGAAAGAGGAAGAAGAAGAAGAAAAUUAAAGUUGCUUUAAAAUUCUCUUAGCAUCGUUCAUCUUGGUGAUACGAAAACUGGGUCUUCGAUAAAGUCGGAGACCGAUUAAGAACUACGACUAGAAUCAAUUAAUGGGAAGUAGAGGCCAAAAGCGUCCUGACAUGGUGGAUGAACUGCCUGCUGAUAAGCGUGCGUGCAGUUCAUUGGAUUUCAGACCAAGUUCUUCAAACUCAUCAGUUCAAACGCACAUGAAUUCAAUAGUGGAGGCACAUGAUCACGACAUGGAUACUUCAUCGUCUGCUUCAGCUUCAAGCCAAUCAGAAGGAGAUCCGGAGAAGGAUUCAACUUAUGGGUCGUGUGAUUCAGAUGACAUGGAUCAGCAGCAUAAUAGCACCCUUUAUGAGUAUCAUAGAAGGAGACUAUCCAGUGAUCAUGGAAAAUUUAAGAAUAUCAUAAGUAGCUUGAGUGAACAGACUGAACCCUCUUGUCAAUUAGCUGUACUCACUGAACUCUGUGAAGUUCUAUCCUUUUGUACAGAGGGUUCACUAUCCAGCAUGACUUCUGACUUGUUAUCACCAUUACUUGUAAAGCUUGCAAAGGAUGAGAAGAACCCAGAUAUCAUGUUGUUUUCUAUAAGGGCCAUAACCUAUAUAUGUGAUUUGUAUCCUAGAUCAGCUGGUUUUCUUGUUCAACAUGAUGCUGUUCCAACCUUAUGUCAAAGAUUAUUUGCUAUUGAGUAUCAAGAUGUAGCUGAACAGUGUCUCCAAGCAUUGGAAAAGAUAUCGAGAGAGCAGCCUCUUGCUUGCUUAGAGGCUGGGGCAAUUAUGGCCGUUCUCAGUUAUAUUGACUUCUUCUCAACAAGCAUCCAGAGAGUAGCUCUUUCUACUGUGGUGAACAUAUGCAAGAAGCUUCCUUCUGAAAACCCUUCACUUUUUAUGGAGGCUGUUCCUAUAUUAUGUAAUCUUCUUCAGUACGAGGAUAGGCAGCUUGUCGAAAAUGUUGCUACAUGCUUAAUAAAAAUUGUAGAACGAGUUGGGCAGUCCUCAGAAAUGUUGGAUGAGCUUUGUAAGCAUGGGCUGAUUCAACAGGUCACGCAUCUUUUAAGUUCAAAUGGUCAGACUGCCCUAUCUCAAUUAAUUUACAAUGGAUUGAUAGGAUUACUGGUCAAACUUUCAUCUGGAUCACUUGUAGCCUUCAGGAUUUUAUAUGAACUCAAUAUAAGCAGCAUAUUUAGAGAAAUAUUAUCUACAUUUGACCUCUCAUAUGGAGUAUCAACGUCACAGCUCGUUGGUGGACACUGUAAUCGGGUAUAUGAAGCACUCAAACUGCUAAAUGAACUUCUCCCUGAUCGGGCUAAAGAUCAGAAUGAUCAACUGGUGCUAGAAAAAGAAUCCUUUCUAGAUAAUCACUCAGAUCUCCUGCAAAGGCUUGGAAUCGAUUUGUUCCCCAUGUUAAUCCAGGUGUUCAAUUCUGGUGCAAGUUUAUUUGUUUGCCACGCAUGUCUGUCUGUUAUGUACAAGAUAGUCAGUUCAAGCAAAUCUGAGGUGCUUGUUGAAUUGCUAAAAAAUGCCAAUAUUUCAAGUUUUUUGGCUGGAGUUUUCACUAGAAAGGAUCACCACAUGCUAAUGUUAGCAUUACAAAUUGCUGAGAUUAUCCUUCACAAUUUUUCAGAUAAUUUCUUAAAGUUGUUUAUAAAGGAAGGAGUCUUUUUUGCCAUUGAUGCACUACUAACACCGGAAAGAUCUUCAAAAUUGAUGUACCCGGUGUUUAGUGGCAUUCAACUGUCAUCAAACUCUAGUCAAAAGUCUGCCUCAAGAGAGACCAUCAAGUGUUUAUGUUAUGCAUUUUCAACUGGCCAAUCUCCUACAUCAUCAGAAGCCAAAAGUUGCAAACUUGAUAAAGAUUCUGUUUAUAAUCUAGCAGAGCAUAUAAAGACAAAAUAUUUAGCUCCAGAAUUAUUUGAUUCUGAGAAAGGAUUGACUGAUAUUUUACAAAAUCUUAGAGCACUGUCUAAUGAUUUGUUGAGCAUGUCUACUGACAAUGGUGCUCUUGGUGUGGUUGAGGAGAAGAUCAAUAAUAUAUUGUAUCAGAUUAUGGACAAGCUUACUGGCAAGGAACAAGUUUCUACUUUUGAAUUUAUUGAAAGUGGAGUUGUGAAAUCACUUGUUAGUUAUUUAUCUCUGGGUCAGCAUACGAGAGAAAAAAAAGGGGUACAGGGUGUCUGUAAUUAUAAUGCUGUCAUAGAAAAACGAUUUGAGGCUUUAGCUUGUGUCUGUGCUUCUCAGCAUCUCUCUGGUGAAAUACCCAUUUCUAUAUUAAUCAGGAACUUGCAAACUGCACUAACUUCAUUGGAAGCUUUCCCUAUUAUUCUGAGCAGUGGAUCGAAACUCAGAAAUUCAUUUGCUACUGUUCCUAAUAGGUGUUCCAUUCCUUACCCUUGUCUGAAAGUACGAUUUGCAAGGGGGGAGGGAGAGACUUUCCUGAGCGACUACAUUGAGGAUUUUCAUACUGUUGAUCCUUUUUCUUGUAUGCAUUCUAUUGAAGCAUAUCUAAGGCCAAAGGUCAGUCCAAAAAGCACAGAGCAUUAUAAAUCAUCAUCCAUCCAAGCAGUGUUGCAACCUGAAAGUCCUCCAAUUCAAUCACCAUCACAUGCAAUUUCAGUCUCAGUUGAAAUUCCUGUUACUUUGGGACCUGUUGACAUGAUGACAGAUUUCCCUGAUAUACAGAAGGAUCAACCGAAGCUGACACAACUCAUAACUGAUCAAGUAGUCAUCAUGAAUGCAGGGGAAUCCUCCUCCUCUAGAACUCAGGGUUAUGCCGUACAAGAACUGCAAAUGAAUGCAGAACCAUGCCCAAAACUAGAAAAACAGGAUCCUUCAUUUUGUAGCAACGAAGCUGCUCAAAAGCUUGUCUUUUACAUCGAAGGACAACGUCUGGAUCAAAAAUUGACUUUAUAUCAGGCAAUUCUUGGCCAUAUAGUAAAACAAAAUGAUUCCUUUUCCAGUGCAAAACUGUGGAGUCAUGUGCAUACAAUAACCUACAGAAGGGCUGUAGAAUCUGAGGACAUAAUACCUCCACAAUAUCACUUCUCACCUCAGGAUAUCUCUGAUGAUAAAGUUUUAGCUCAUUAUCAGCAUACUCCAUUUUUCUCAGAUAUAUUCUCUUGUGAACUUGUUUCUGAUCUGGAGAAGUCAAGUCCAACUUAUGAUAUUUUGUUUCUUCUUAAAUGCUUGGAAAGAAUGAACAGACUUACAUUUCACCUUUUGUCUCGUGAAAGGAUUUGGGCUUUUGCCAAAGGGAAAGUGGACGACUUGGAUAGCCUAAAAAUAACUGUUCCUUCUGUCCCACAAAAUGAGUUUGUAAGCAGUAAAUUGACAGAGAAGCUAGAGCAACAGAUGAGGGACUCUUUGGCUGUCUCCGUUGGUGGUAUGCCAUUGUGGUGUAGUCAAUUAAUGGCUUCAUGUCCUUUCUUAUUUAGUUUCGAGGCAAGAUGCAAGUACUUCAAAUUGAAAGCAUUUGGUCAGCCACAAGUUCAACCUCACUUGUCUCACAAUGGGUCGGGAGCAGUGAUUGAUAGACGAUUGGGCCCUGGGGGAUUGCCAAAAAAGAAAUUUUUGGUUCAUCGCGACCGGAUUUUGGAAUCUGCUGCAAAAAUGAUGGAGCUGCAUGCUUGUCACAAAGUUGUUCUUGAAGUGGAAUAUGAUGAAGAAGUGGGCACUGGUCUUGGACCAACCUUGGAAUUUUAUACCUUAGUGUGCCAUGAGUUCCAGAAAUAUGGCUUGGGCAUGUGGAGAGAAGAUGUUUCUUCGUUAAUCCUCAAGUCAAAUUUGCAGGCUGAGGAAAUAAAAAUUCAUUCUUUUUAUGGACUCUUUCCUCGUCCGUGGUUAACAAUGCAAGAUACAUCUGGUGACAUACAGUUCACUGACGUAGCACAGAAAUUUUUCCUUCUAGGCCAAGUUGUUGCUAAGGCACUUCAAGAUGGGAGGAUCUUAGAUCUCCACUUCUCCAAAGCUUUCUAUAAACUUAUUCUUGGAAAGGAACUUUCUCUUUACGACAUACUAUCCUUUGAUCCUGGGCUUGGUAGCGUGCUGCAAGAGUUUCAAGCACUAGUUAUAAGGAAAAGUAUUAUGGAAUCUGUCAAUGGAGAGAAUUCUGAGUUGCAAUAUGGAAAAAGCUUUCGAGAUACUAGUAUUGAAGAUCUCUGUCUUGAUUUUACCCUUCCUGGGUAUCCUGAUAUUGUACUUGCUUCAGGGGCUCAUCAUUCCAUGGUAAAUAUGAGAAAUCUAGAGGAUUAUGUUUCACUUAUUGUCGAUGCAACUGUGAGGUCUGGAAUUUCAAGACAGGUGGAAGCUUUUAAAUCUGGCUUUAACCAGGUUUUCUCCAUUGAACAUCUUCAGAUUUUCAAUGAAGAAGAAGUUGAGCGAAUGCUUUGUGGAGAGUAUGACUCUUGGGCAUGUGCCUUGUUAAAACAGAUCAACGAGCUUGGAGAUAACAUUAAGUUUGACCACGGGUACACUGCUAGCAGUCCUCCCAUUGUUAAUUUGUUGGAGAUUGUCCGGGAGUUUGAUCAUGAACAGUGGCGAGCAUUUCUGCAGUUUGUGACUGGUGCACCUCGACUUCCUCCAGGAGGGUUGGCAUCUCUGAAUCCAAAGUUAACUAUUGUCCGGAAGCAUUGUAACAACCGGGCAGACACAGAUCUACCAAGCGUGAUGACUUGUGCUAAUUAUCUCAAACUACCUCCGUACUCAUCAAAAGAGAGAAUGAAAGAAAAGCUGUUGUAUGCCAUAACAGAGGGUCAAGGAUCUUUCCACCUUUCGUAAUUUCACUAUGUUGAAUUGUCCGUAUUUGAGCUAUGGAAAUGUAAUUAUUAGGGUAGUUGUGUAGAUAAGGGUGCUGGCAGUGGUAGAUGAAGGUGCUGUUUUCACUGACUACAAUUGUUGGGGGUGUGUACAUAGCAUGCUGAUAGUUUAGUUCAUUGACUGGUAUCAGCUGUACAGAAACUGAGGACACUUUCAAGGGUCACGCAUGAUAUUUGAUGUACAGUAUUUGUACAGGAACCUUAAUCAUUAAUAUUUUAGUCUAUUACAUGCAGAAUGAUGUUAGUUCU